AUGGACACCGACACCAAAACUAACAAUGACACGGACACCGAGACCAAAUCUGACACUGAUAUGAACACCAAGUCCCAAAUAGACACUAACACGGACACCGACACCGACACCAUAACUGACACUAACACGGACACCGACACGAUAACUGACACCAAUAUGAACGCCGACACCAUAACUGACAUUAAUAUGGACACCGACACCAUAACUGAUACUAACACGGACACCGACACCAUAACUGACACUAACACGGACACCGUCACAAUAACUGACACUAACACGGACACCGACACCAUUACAGACACUAACACGGACACCGACAUCAUUACAGACACUAACACGGACACCGACACGAUAACUGACACCAAUAUGAACGCCGACACCAUAACUGACAUUAAUAUGGACACCGACACGAUAACUGACACCAAUAUGAACGUCGACACCAUAACUGACAUUAAUAUGGACACCGACACGAUAACUGACACCAAUAUGAACGCCGACACCAUAACUGACAUUAAUAUGGACACCGACACCAUAACUGAUACUAACACGGACACCGACAUCAUAACUGACACUAACACGGACACCGACACCAUAACUGACAUUAAUAUGGACACCGACACCAUAACUGACACUAACACGGACACCGACACCAUAACUGACACUUACACGGACACCGACACGAUAACUGACACCAAUAUAGACACCGACACCAUAACUGACAUUAAUAUGGACACCGACACCAUAAUUGACAGUAACACGGACACCGACACCAUAACUGACACUAACACGGACACCGACACCAUAACUGACACUAACACGGACACCGACACCAUAACUGACACUGAAUGGAGAUCGACACCAUAA